GCCAUUGUGGAGUCUGUCCCCGGCUCAUGCACAGGUGAUGUUUCUGUACAGCCAUCGGCGGAAGAAUGUGCGCGCUCCCUCCUUUCUGGCACUUCCAUGCCCCUUCCUCAGGUCCUGUCUUUGGCCUGGCUUCUUCCUCGAGAAGAUGCACACAAAGCCACGCAGGCAGACCAUGGAGGUGCAUUUUAUGCUGGAGCAUUUCUUCGAGGAGGUUUGUAUGGCCUGCGCUCCACUUGCAGCUCCCACCCCUUCUCCAUCCAGUGCUUUACCCGACUUCUGCGGGAAAGGUUCCCCAAUCAGGUUUUCACCUCCUUUGGUAUCUUCUUCAACGUGUUGACUUCCAUGCACCGCGACUCACGUAAUGCUGCUUUUCCCAAUCUGUUGCUGGCAUUGUCAAGCUUCACUGGAGGCGAGGUCUGGCAAGAAGAGCCUGGGGGACAGGUGCUUCGCUCUGUUCAGGGAACUUUGAUGGAGGGCAAGCUUCUGGAUGUCGCUGCGUCGCCCCAAGUACUGCAGGCCCAUCUUCGUUUUCAUUGCACAGAACCUUGGUCAGGUGACCGUGUAGUGCUGGUUGGUUUCUCUGUUGACUGCACCGGCUUGCAAAACUUUCAAAUCUGCCAGCUUCUAGACUUGGGAUUCGUGUUGGUUCAGACUCCUACGGAGAAAGGGGUUCUGUCUGAGCCACACCAAUCUUUUCCUCCUCUUCCUCCCGCAAUCACUUCUGGUGCCCCGACAUCUCAAGCAGAAGGUACAGGUCAGGUUGCCCGUUCAUCUCCAGCAGAAGGUACAGGUCAGGUUGCCCAUUCAUCUCCAGCAGAAGGUGCAGGUCAGGUUGCCCAUUCUUUUCAGGUGCCAUGCCCAGGUGCCCAGGUCAAGGCAGGUCCAGGUGCACGAGGUCAAGCGCCAGGCCUUGAGGUUCAAGAUGUUUCUUCGGAGGAGGAUGCAGAGGGGUGGCGUCCUCUCCAGCGGGGCAGGCUGUGCUCCGAGGCUGAGCUGGAGCAUGCGAAAAGGGUGCUCAGAGACUUUGUGGUCGGGGAGUUGCCUGAUCCCCGCAAAGCUGGCCACCUUGAGGUAUCCCCCUUUGAUCCUUGCAAGCUGGACUUUCUGAGGGGGAAGUUGGCGGAGUUAUUGCCUGAUCCAGGUCUGGCGUUGGAACGUCCAGAGGGCCAGCCGUUCUGGCUUCACCUUUUGCACCAGUCACUUGUUCUGUUGGGGGAUCCCGACGCUGCGAUCCUUGUUGAUGGAGACGAGUCCUUCGUCGAAGGUGUGCCAUUGGGCGAUGAGCAGCCAAUUCCGCGCACUCCUCAGGUUUUCCGGAAGAGGGUCAACUUCAAGUCUCUGGAUGUCACAGAUUUCGAACCGGACAUGGCCAAUUACUCCUCAGCUGAAUUGUCAUCUGACCAGCUUGAAAAGCAGUUCCGUAAGGACGAGCUGGCCGGGCUCAUGCACCCCACGACUGAAGCGGCUGUGGAGGCGGAGUAUGGGCCAGGGAGAUUGUUGGUGGCUGCCAUGGGCGCUGUGUCCAAACCUAGUGGAGAGGUAAGACCCCUCCACGACGGGACGCAUGGCGUUGGGCUCAACAGUAAGAUCCGAGUCCUUGACAGGCUGGAAGUGCCUGGUCCCAGUGAGGCUGUGGAGAUGACUGCAUUGGGGCGCGAAACCAAAGAGGCGGUGUUCGCUAUAUCGGUGGACAUUGCCCAAGCUCACCGCAGAGUGAGGGUGCGCCGGGCUGACUGGCCCAAAUUAGCUUGCCGUGCAUCUACUUCCUCUCGCACGAUCUGGAUAAACCGGGUCGGUACUUUUGGUAUCGCAUCAGCCGCCUAUUGGUGGGCUCGCCUCUUCGGGCUGGUAGGCCGUUGGGUGCUUCGCCUAAUGCUCACAUCCUUCAACCUCCAGAUGGUCUAUGUAGACGACCUCCAUCUGAUGACUGCUGGUGCGCAGAAGUUCAUCAACCUUUGGAUUAUUCUUGCGGCGUACGAAGUGGUCCGUGAUCGAGCUCACGAGGAGGUUGACAUUUGUGGCACUGCUUGCAAGAUGCCGGCCUUGGUCCAUUUGUCACUCCUUUUCUUGCGAGCUCAGUUGAGGGAAGGGCGCCGCCUGGUCCCAGCACCUCUCAAGGAGCCGCAGUCACGGCAGCUCUUCCGCACCGAUGCCAAGUGCGAGACCGGACGGGAGAAUGUCGAGGCUGAUGACAUUACCAAUAUGCGCUUCGAGCGUUUCUCUUAG